UCUUCGGCUAUGACAGGUAUUGCAUUGUGACUGUAGUCUGGAAGCCUGCGCAUCGCCGCUGACAAUGUUUCUUCUAGUGGAUAUAUCAACGGUGUCCUCGGCUCACAAAUGUUCAUAGACAAGGUCGAAGGACCCGGUCAUGACUCCGUUGAAUCUGGGCACCAAUCCCUGAUAACUUCGAUCUUGUCGGCCGGCACGUUUUUCGGUGCCUUGAUCGCCGGUGAUAUGGCCGACAUGAUCGGACGUCGAAACACCGUGGUGCUUGGUUGUUUUAUUUACAUGUUGGGUGUGGUUGUCCAGAUGUUCACCGGCAUGGGUGAUCCUCUGGGCGCAAUUGUUGGUGGUCGACUCCUUGCCGGCUUCGGUGUGGGCUUCGAGAGCGCGAUUGUGAUCUUGUACAUGAGUGAAAUUUGCCCAAGAAAAGUCCGAGGCGCCCUCGUGGCAGGGUAUCAAUUCUGCAUUACCGUCGGCUUGUUGCUGGCAUCGUGCGUUGUCUAUGCUACUCAGGACCGGAACGAUACCGGCCAAUAUCGGAUCCCCAUCGCCAUCCAAUUUGCAUGGGCAUUGAUUCUAGGAGGCGGCUUGUUGACACUCCCGGACUCGCCGCGCUACUUUGUCAAGAAGGGUCGUCUCGAGCAAGCGACCAUUGCUCUGUCCAAGCUCCGAGGCCAACCGCGGGAUUCCGAGUAUAUCCAGGUUGAAUUGUCCGAAAUUGUGGCCAAUGAAGAAUACGAGCGCGCCUUGAUUCCUGACGCCGGAUGGUUGUCCAGCUGGCUCAACUGCUUCAAAGGCAGCUUGUGGGAGCAGAAGUCGAACUUGCGACGUACCAUUCUGGGCACAUCUCUCCAAAUGAUGCAACAAUGGACCGGCGUCAACUUCAUCUUCUACUACUCGACACCAUUCUUGCAGUCCACCGGGGCAAUUGACAACGAGUUUCUCAUGUCUCUGAUUUUCACUCUCGUCAACGUGUGCUCGACUCCCAUUUCUUUCUGGACAGUCGAACGGUUUGGCCGUCGGCCCCUGCUCGUCUGGGGUGCUUUCGGCAUGUUGAUCUGUCAGUUCCUCGUGGCCAUCAUCGGUGUGACCGUCGGCUUCAACUACACACAUCCGGACCCAACCGACCCGGACAAGACUCUGGCCAACAACGUGUCUGCCGUGAGCGCGCAGAUUGCAUUUAUUGCUAUCUUUAUCUUCUUCUUUGCAUCCACAUGGGGUCCAGGCGCAUGGAUCAUGAUUGGCGAAAUCUUCCCUCUGCCCAUCCGCUCGCGGGGUGUUGCUUUGUCGACGGCCUCGAACUGGCUUUGGAACACGAUCAUCGCAGUCAUCACACCCUACAUGGUCGGCGAAGAGCACGGCAACAUGAAAUCGUCCGUCUUUUUCGUCUGGGGCGGCCUAUGUACCGCCGCCUUUAUCUAUGCGUACUUUUUGGUGCCCGAGACAAAGGGCCUCACGCUCGAACAGGUCGACCAUAUGAUGGAGGAGACGACCCCGCGCACCUCGAGCAAGUGGAGGCCCACAAAGACGUUUGCCCAGGCCAUGACUAAGGACGGCAUGUUGGAGAAGGAGGUUGUCGAGGCUGUCGAGAGAAGGGGGUCGGCUUACUAGUUUACUAGUACUUACCAGUGCUGCUUGUUUCUGAAUUUGUGUCGUUGUCAGGGUCGUACUGGAGCAAACAGACAUCUAGUUCGCUACCGCUGUGAUCAGUGUCAGUGUCAGUGUCAGUCUCAGUUUCUCUGUCACGAUUGUCUUUGUCCCAACACCGGCUGAGGUUUUGAGGAAGCGGGUGGGAGAAGGGGAUACAACAGCAUAUCAUCAUGUCAUCCAUACCACAGUACACUCUACAGCACGGUGAAUGCAAUGCCGGGCAAUGGACGGCUUUGGUGGCUGAUAACAUGCCUAAUGAACAUGGAGUAGUAGUAAUAAAAGUAGUAAUCAACUAAAUAUUCGAGUCA